AGAACAGUGUUUACAUUUUGCUAUCAGACUAUCAGACAGGCAUAAUUUGAAUAAUGCCGCAACAGUUGCGUGUUGUUCGUUGUUAUCAGUGUCAAACAUUCCAGUCCGACAUAGUCAAGAAAGCGCCAAAAUGGUCUUGCAAACUAUGCGGUUCAAAACAAUCUCUAAUCAAGGAGUUUGCUCGCGGCUCUGGCCAAGAGUGUAGACUUCUUGUACAGCAAUUGAGCAGUCGCGCAAUCAGCGAAGAACAAUUAUUCCAAAAUGUUGCAAGCAAGAUUACCUCUGGGGAGCUCGAACUGGCUUCCGUUGAGUUUACGAAUCGAGCGCGCGAAACAUCAGAAAGUAUAGUCAAUUAUCAUUCCAACAAUGCUGGAGUUUCCAAGAAAGGAGCGAGUAAGUGGGACAGUUUCUGUGAAACACGUGAAGAGGCUGAAGAAGAUUCGACGUUUCAAACAUCGAAUUGGAAUAAACUAGCUCAACCGACGGAUGCCGAGUAUCCAGUCGCUAGAAAACGUGACAGCAAUAGCGCAAAAUCGAAUGAUACAACCUCUCGAAACGUGCUGAAACGCCCUGCUAAUUCCCAGUCCCAGACCUGUCUACCACUGAUAGAUUUCCAUCAAAUGGCUGGACCCAAAUUUAAAAAGCAGUUCAAAUAUAAAUCAGAAAACACAACUCAGAAUGAAUGUUCAACAUCAUAUCUUACGGAUAAGUCUGCUGAAAUCAAUGAAGUCACUUGCAAAACGACCUCAAACAAAAUAGAUUGGUCUAAAAAAGAUGCGUCUAAAGUUGGUUUGAUGAAACAAACGAAACCUUUGAUGAAUUACGGCAAGAAGUCCAUGAGAGAAGAAACUUCGAAACAUGUGAGUAAUGACGAAUCAAAUGAAAAUACAAAAACUGAAAUCCACCAAUCCAAUAGUUCUUCGAAAUGGGACAAAUUUGUCACCAAAGAUUCAAGUGACGAAGAAUUUAAUAUUUGCUAGAGUGUUGCAAAGCUUCUAAGGCCAUUUAGAUUUUUUAAUAUGUUUCAUGCAUCGCUUUAAUGCGUCCCUAAAAUACGAAAAAGUAAAUAAU